AUGUCAUCAAGUAAUUUAGAACAAGUUACCAAAGAAGUCGAAAAAAUGGAAGUAAACCCAGCCGCUGUCGAAAAAAAGGAAAAGGCUCCAAAAGAAAAGAAAAAUAAUCCAAGAGCCUUAAAAACACCAAAAGGUACCCAAGAUUAUAAUCCAUCACAAAUGACAAUUCGUGAACAAGUAUUUGAUACCAUCAAACAAGUUUUUAAGAGACACGGUGCUGUUACAAUUGAAACACCAGUCUUUGAAUUAAAAGAUACUUUAACAGGUAAAUAUGGUGAAGAUUCAAAAUUAAUUUAUGACUUAGCAGAUCAAGGUGGUGAAAUUUGUUCAUUAAGAUAUGAUUUAACAGUACCAUUUGCUCGUUAUGUUGCAAUGAAUCGUGUUCAAAAUAUUAAAAGAUAUCAUAUCGCUCGUGUUUAUCGUCGUGAUAAUCCAGUUAUGACCAAAGGUCGUUUCAGAGAAUUUUAUCAAUGCGAUUUCGAUAUUGCCGGUGAAUAUGAUGUUAUGGUACCAGAUGCAGAAUGUCUUCGUAUUAUUUGUGAAAUUUUAGAUCAAGUUAAAGUUGGUAAAUAUGUUAUUAAAUUAAAUCACCGUAAACUUUUAGAUGCAAUUUUUGCAAUUUGUGGUGUUCCAGCUGAUAAAUUCCGUACAAUUUGUAGUGCAGUCGAUAAAUUAGAUAAAUCACCAUGGGAUGAAGUUCGUAAAGAAAUGGUUGAAGUUAAAGGUUUAGAUGGUGCUAUUGCUGAUAAAAUCGAAGAAUUUGUUAAACUUAGUGGUCCACCAUUCGAACUAUUAGAAAAACUUCGUACUAGCGGUAUGUGCGAUUCAAAUAAAGAUGCUGUUGAUGCUCUUGCCCAAUUAGAAACCCUCUUUGGUUAUCUCGAAGCUUUAGGUUGCACCGAACGUAUUUUAUUCGACUUAAGUCUUGCCCGUGGUCUUGACUAUUAUACCGGUAUCAUUUAUGAAGCCGUUCUUACUCAACAAGAUCGUGUCGGCUCUAUUGCUGCAGGUGGUCGUUACGAUGGUCUCGUCGGUAUGUAUGGUAAAAAAGAUGUUCCAGCUGUAGGUUUUUCAAUUGGUAUCGAACGUAUUUUCACCAUUUUAGAGGAAGAAUAUACCAAAAACAAAUUAAAGAUUAGAGAAAAUCAAACUCAAGUUUAUGUUGUUCAAAUGGAUAAAGAAUUAUUAAAGGAUCGUCUCAAGAUUUGUUCAGAACUUUGGAAUGCUGGUAUCAACGCUGAAUUUGCCUAUAAAGUUAAUCCAAAAGUUGCUCCACAAUUAAACAGUGCAAAUGAAAGUUUAACUCCAUUAACUAUUUUAAUCGGCAAAACUGAAAUUGAAACCAAUACCCUCUCUGUUAAGAAUAUGAAAGAUAGUAAACAAAUUUCAAUUCCACGUGAAAAUUUCACUGAAAAAAUUAAAGAAUUAUUAAAUAAUUUAAACUAA